AUGACAUCACAGAAGCCCAAGGGUUCGGGCCGCAGUCCGCAGGAGAUUCCCUGGCUGGCCCAGUUCACUGACAAACAGGCAGCUGCUGAGCCGACCUGCCAGAUCCAGUCCUCAUGCGAAAUGCACCUCCCUACAUCUCACAGCUCCACCCAGACCACGUUUCUGGGGCUGGGGGCCAAGACCAGUGAGGUCAGAGGGCGGCGGUUCAUCGGGUUUACUGUGACACGGCUGACUCCGGAGGCCCCGCCCCCUCAGACACGCACCCGCUUCCUCCAACCGGCCCGCGAGCACGCACUGCUCACGCGGGCGGCGCACGAGGAUUGGCCGCAGCCCCGCACGCACUCGCCUCUGAUUGGUCUAGUGUUGCCACCCGCCGGACUGACAAACUUAGACUUUAUGGCAACAAGAGUGUUCUCAGAGAUGGACGCGGACCGGAUUGUUUGUAUAGAAAACUGCGAGCCCCAACCAAAGCGCAGGAGACAUGACAGUGAGCAGAGCAGCGCAGGGACUGGACUGGACUACACUGACCUGGAGGCUGCGGAGGCCCUGGUGUGUAUGAGCUCAUGGGGACAAGCACCUCUGCUACGAAAAGCACGGCCUCUCACACCUGCAUCAGACUCCUGCGACUCCAUGCUACCUCCAGAGAUGACAGAGUCACCAAAGGACUUUGUCUCACUGUCCUCUCUGUGCAUGACUCCUCCACACAGUCCUAGUUUUGUGGACACUUCAAUCUCAAUUUCCAGUCAACGUUGUACGUCUGUUCUGACCCAUAUCACAGAAAAGCCUCCCUCUGGACUCCUGCCACCACAACCUUGCAAAGCCAUGGCCACCAGUGUCAUCAGGCACACUGCAGACAGAAGCCCCCACCAUGUUCCUACAGCACCUGCUCCACAGAGUCCUGUCCCAUCAGGGGUGUGCCAACAGCAAAAGACUGUGAGCAUAAACAACCGCUCUGCCUCCAGCCCAUUAGCACAAACUUCCACAAACCCAUCUUUGGACAUUGCUGCACACAACACUCCCCCUACCCCUCCCACGCGGUCCCCUCCUCCUGUCUCCAGCCCACAAAUUAUUUGUCAGAUGUUUCCUGUCAGUCAUCAAUCAGGCAUCAUCUCAGCAUUCAUUCCCAGUGCAGUUCAAACGUCAUCAUCUCUGCGACCUUCCUCUGGCUGCUGCACACCCACAGUCCAGCAGUCCUCCUCAGGAAGCAGUUCAUCUCCUGUCCCCUCUCUUUUGGUGGGCUCAGCAGUACCUCAGGGCACUGUCAUGCUUGUACUGCCCCAGACAAGUGUCCCACAAACCUCUCACUGCCCUCAGACUGUCAUGACUCUGGGCAACACCAAGCUGCUACCUCUGGCACCAGCCCCUGUGUAUGUCCCGGCAGGGCCUGGGGCCGCCACCACCACAAAAAUUGACUUUUCUCGUAGAAGGAACUAUGUUUGCAACUUCCCAGGCUGCAGGAAAACGUACUUCAAGAGCUCCCACCUCAAAGCUCAUCUACGCACACACACAGGGGAGAAGCCCUUCAGUUGUAGUUGGGACGGCUGUGACAAGAGAUUUGCCCGCUCUGAUGAACUGUCCCGUCACCGGAGGACCCACACAGGCGAGAAGAAGUUUGUGUGUCCGGUUUGUGAGCGUAAGUUCAUGCGCAGUGACCACCUCACCAAACAUGCACGGCGUCACAUGACCACAAAGAAGAUCCCCUCCUGGCAGGCGGAUGUCAGGAACCUCAACAAGAUGACUAUCGGCAAAACAACCUCCAAACCAGGCCUUUCCACCCUUAAGGCCAUGGAGCACGACAUUAAACCGUCAGAGCUAAAAUUGACUGAAGAGGAAAUUGGCAGGUUCACAAAGGCUUUCAAAGAUGAGAAGUUCCGAAAAAUGCUGCGAGAUUACGCAGAAGAGAUAUCCGACCCAGAUAAUAGGAAGAAAUAUGAAGAGGAGAUUGCCAUUUUGGAGAAAGAAAGAGUUGCAGACAUCCAUCUUGAGGUCGAAGAGAGAAGUCUUCUGCUGGAGUCAGAAAAACCUGAUUAUAAACUGGAGCUGUCCUUAGCCUAUGGUGUAGAUGAGGACAAAGGAGCGGCAAAGUUUAACAAACAGACCAGGCAGCUGCUGGUCACACUCCCCGUCAGACCUCCGGGGAAAUGUUUACAAUUGAAUAGCAGUGGCCCGUCUUCUGCAGAGGACACUCAGUGCUCUGGUGGUGUUUUUGAGAAAAGUGAAGUGGAGCAGGAUGACUCGGGCCACCCAAAUGAGGAGAAAGCAGCAGAAUCACAAGAGAAUACUGCUGCAGAGGAGACCAAAGACAUGAGCCAACGAGACGAAGAGGAUGCAGAAGUUGGCAUUGAUAUUAGUCUCCAAAAUGGAACCAAAAUGGAGGAGCAUAGAGGAGGGGAUGAGUUCCAACAGAUUGGACAUGUGAUAAAACAAGUCCAAUCCUGUGAGAAGAAGCAAGUGAGAACAGUAGCAGAAGAAGAAAACGUACAAGAGAAUGAAAAUCCAAAAAUCCCGAACGGAGACAACUCUAGCGAGGAAAAAGCACAAAAUAAUACUGCUGUAGAGGAGACCAAAGACAUGAGCCAACGAGACGAAGAGAAUGCAGAAGUUGGCAAUGAUCUUAGCCUCCAGGAUGGAACCAAGAUAGAGGAGAUGCACCAAUUUGUACAUGAGAAAAAACCAGAAGUCCAAUCCUGUGAGAAGAAGCAAGUAGAGGCAGAAGCAGUAGAAGAAAAUGCACAAGCAAUGGACAAUAAACAAAUCCAGAUCAGCAAAUCAGAAAAAGCCCAGUCAGAAAAGGCAUCAGAGGAUCACCAAGGAGACUCAGGUGACAUUACAGCAGCUGAAGAGGAGCACAAAGAGCUUCAGAAACCAGAGACAGACUUUGUAAGCAGCAUUCUUCCCCCGGUUUUGCUGAGGGAGGUGAGAGAAGACGGCUCACAGCGGGUCAUCAGCGAUCACGUGACCACAGCUGGAUUUAGCAUCUACAACUCGCUCAUGUUUGAACUGGACUGA